GUGCGCGUUUUCCUAGCGCGGGCUCGAGUGGUGUGUAGCUCUCCGUGGCCCCUGCUGCAGCCCCAGCUCCCGGUCCAGGAAGGCUCGUCCCCCGCUCGGAAUGUUCCCGGAACUCAAUAACCUUCUCAACACCACUCCUGACAGGGCGGAGCAGGGGAAACUGACUCUGCUCUGUGAUGACAACACGGAUGGCAGCUUCCUUGUGCACCACUUUCUCUCCUUCUACCUCAAAGCUAAUUGUAAAGUCUGCUUUGUGGCGCUGAUCCAGUCCUUCAGUCACUACAAUAUCGUGGGACAGAAGUUGGGUGUCAGCCUGACUGCGGCCCGGGAGUGUGGGCAGCUUGUGUUUCUAGAAGGUCUUAAGUCUUCGGUGGAUGUUUUCUUCCGGGCUCAGGCCGAGCCACACCCCUUGCAGUUCCUCAGGGAGGCCAAUACUGAGAACUUGCAGCCACUGUACGAAUUUGUGCGGGAGGCUCUGAAGCCCAUGGAUGAUGGAGAGACUGCGUGGAGGUGCCCCGUGCUGCUGGUGGACGACCUUAGUGUGCUGCUGAGCCUGGGCGCGGGGGCGGUGGCUGUGCUGGACUUCAUCCAUUACUGCAGGGCCACCGUGUGCUGGGAACGAAAGGGAAACAUAGUGGCCCUGGUGCACGACAGUGGAGACACCGAAGAUGAGGAGAACAACAUCCUUUUGAAUGGCCUUAGUCACCAGAGCCACCUGAUCCUGCGGGCCGAGGGGCUGGCUACUGGCUUCUGCAAGGACGUGCAUGGGCAGCUACGGAUCCUCUGGAGGACACCGUCACAGCCCACAGCCCAGUGGGAUCGGAGCCUCACUUACCAGUACAAGAUCCAGGACAAGAGCGUGUCGUUUUUUGCCAAAGGAAUGUCUCCUGCUGUUCUGUGACCUGAUUGAGGGGCCAGUGUACCUUGGACUGUUUUCAGAUGUGAAAGAUCAAGCAACGAGUAGGAAUGGGUCUGCCGCCUUUGCAGUGGUGUCUCAGCCUGGAUUGGCAGCCCCAUGGUGCCCAGCCCGCUGGAGCGGCGCUGCGAUGGUACUCCUCUGUCCCCCUGGGCCCUGUUCAGGAAGCACUUAAGGAGUCACAGCCCGGCCUCUGCUGAGAGAGAGAGAGGUCACGUGUUGACACCAGGUGAAAGUCAUCCCAGGAGCCUUUCAUUAAAUACACUUUAGCCUCAACUGCCCGAUUUUGGCCGUUGUGCCUUUCAGAGCCAGAGCAGGUGUGAAUGUGCCAGCCAGGGGGACGGUCCUAGACGGCAGGCCUCGAGGGGACAACCUGGGUAAUUAUGGCUGUGGUGAUGGCCUCCUGUGGUACGUCAUGGCUUCCUCAUGAUGGAUUGUCUCAUUUAAUUUUCACCUUCUUCCAGCAAAGGUAUUUUCCCUUCAGUCCAAGUAAGAAAACCAGCUUAAAGAGGUUUGGAAGGCCGCUCACGGUUGUAGAGCUGUAGGUGGGGGAGCCUGACUCUGAAGUCCACGCCUGCGGACUGACCCUCAUAGAAACCGGGGGCAGGCUCCCCAUCCCGUCCACGGCCUCACUUCCUCCUGGGUGUGUGGUCCCUGGCCCAGGUGCUCAUGAAACCACGGCCUCGGACUCCUGAGGCUUCCUGGCCGUGGUGAGAGGGGCCCGGAGGGAUGGGGCCGUGGCCCGUUGCUGCCUCCUUCACCUGCAGAGACUGAAGAGGUGAGCUCCUGCCCCCGCGUCCGCAGAUCCAGCUGGCCACGCUCAGCCCAUCGGUCACUACCGUCUCUUUCUCUACAUUUUGUUGUACCACAAUGAAUUUGACUUUAAAAAUAAAUAAAAUGAAAAAAAAAAAAACACUGCAGGGACUAAGAACAUUUCAUA